CACUACUCAGGGUCUAGACACCGUUAUUUCACACCCUAGAUAGUGCGCCUAAACAGGAAGCAGGGCGCCAUUUAAGAGUCGGCUCGUUGUAAUCCAUUUAAGUCGCGCAUGCGCAGUAGAGUGAGUUCUGGGAGUGUCGAGGCGGCGUUCACUGUACCCGGCGUUACAGCAGCGCUAGUGUCUCUGGUUAACGGGUAACGAGGACUGACUCGGGGCUUAAUAACACUGGCUGUGGGGAAUAUACGGAAAUAUGGCUGGGACUAUGUAACGAGAUACUUGUCUGAGAGGGAAAUGACACUGAAUUAUUUAUUCUGCAGCUUGGAGCUGAACUGAACGACCCCGGGAAUAGACAUACCGGUAUUUGGUGUAGCUUUUUGUCUUCGCUUUCAGACACUUUCGGCUUCUUAUCUAAGAAUAACGUUGUGGCUUUUCUUUUUCUGUCGUAUUUUAUUUUCGUUGUUUUUUUUUUUUUAUCUGUGGUGCUUUUGUGGGGAAAAACAGCAGAGCCUCGGCUAACUGUCGUGUAUCCGUACAGAAAGACUCGUCUGUCUCAUUAGCGCUAAUUGCAGAACAAAUGGAUAAAAUUGUCCUGAAGUAAAACACUGAAUCUUUUUGCUUUCUCUUUCGUAGUGUAUUUCGUGGAUACAACACUUACUAACGUCCCUAACUCCAACAAAUAGAUAAUUUUUUAUUAAUAAAAAGAAAUAAUAAUUCUUUUUUUUUUUUAAUCACUACUCGUGUCAUUUGAAGCAUGGCGGCCCGUUUAUACAGCCCUUAAUUGAACCCCCUUGAAGCAGUUGAUGAUCCCAGUAACUCCUCCAGGUGUGUUGUUAUGAGCCCUAGAUGCCAGUCACGUGCUGUGGGCGUGUCCAUCACUGCACGUCUCCACGGAGACUGAUGGACAAAGCGGGAAUCGGCAUCUGCCUAAGUCAGCCCCAGUGCAAGCCAAAGGUCACCGAGGUCCCAAUGCUGCGGAGUGCCGUGAGUCUGGAGGGUGUGGAGGAGAGGGACGAGGAGCAGGAGGAUGAUGGAGAGGAAGAUCUGCGAGAUGGAGGGAUUCCGUUCAUUGUGAAUCGUGGAGGAUUACCAGUGAAUGAAGAGACUUGGGAGCAGAUGUGGAGACACGUGACCCGGAUUCAUCCAGAUGGAGCAGGAGUGGAGAAGAGGAUCAGAGGAGCCACUGACCUGCCCAAGAUUCCUGUACCUACUGUGCCUACAUACCAGCCAACCACCAGUAUUCCACAUCGCCUGGAAGCCAUACAGAAAUACAUCAGGGAUUUGCAGUACAAUCAUACUGGAACCCAGUUUUUUGAGAUCAAGAAGAGCAGACCUCUCACAGCCCUGCUGAGAAGCAGACACAGGAAGCAGCUGAGGAUGUUUAUGGAUUGGCCGGUUACAAUUACAUGGUUAAUGGACAUAGCAAAGGAAAUGACCAGAGAAUGUUUACCAAUCAAGUGUUUGGAGGCUGUAAUCCUAGGAAUUUACCUCACCAACAGUAUGCCAACUGUGGAGCGCUUCCCCAUCAGCUUUAAAACUCAGUUCUCAGGGAGCCACUUCCGCCACAUCGUGUUGGGGAUCCAUAGCGGCGGCCGGUUCGGAGCUCUCGGGAUCAGCCGGCGCGUGGAUCUUAUGUUCAAGCCGCUGGAGUACCGCACGCUUGCUGACUUGGUGCAGGAGUUUCAGACUGCCUAUAAAGGUUACUGGCACACACUGCGCAAAGUGAAGAUCGGCCAGUACGUGUCGCACGACCCACACAGCGUGGAGCAGAUCGAGUGGAAGCACUCGGUGUUGGACGUUGAAAAGCUGUCCAAAGAGGAGCUGAGGAAGGAGCUGGAGAGGCAUACACGUGACAUGAGGCUCAAGAUUGGCAAGCCUGCACCUGUUUCACCCACCAAGGACAGAAGGAAAGACAUGGGAUCUCCAUUACGUAACCCAGGCAGCCCCAUGCGCAAGAACAGCCGCAGUGAGAGGAGGCUGUCAGGUGAGAAGAAGUCUCUGGAUCCAAAAGCCCCGGCUGAUCUGAAUGGAUAUCAGAUCAGGGUGUGAGCGAGGUCUCAGUGUUUGAACCGUACAAUUGACAACAAACAGUCUGGCAGCCAAACCCUUCUGGGUAGAUAAACUGACACGGGGACAGUCUAAAAGAAGACAUUUUAAAGGACAAAAAUGGUUUUUAAACAUGUGGGACACUAAAUCAUGGUUGAACUGUGUCACAAAAUAGCAGUGAUGUGAAAUUGUGCAAACAUGAUGCCAUGCCACUUUUAACAAGUCCGCUAAACAGAUCCACUUCAAGCAACCAGUUUUGUAGAGACUCAACUUGAGUUGUAAAUUCACUGCACUCACCUACUUCCUAAGUGUAUAAAUAUGGCAGAGUGCAUACCUGUUUAGUUUUUAUCCCUCCCUAGGUUUUUAAUCCACUUGUCAGGUGCCUUGUGAAACGCCUCACAAUCAAGCCCACCCUUCUGUUAGCACAGCUCGCUGUUUGAUUUGCUCGACACUCAUCACAUCUUUCAGAUCCUCUGAAGGCAGGCAGCUGCUGGUUACACCAACAAUCUGGUGACCCACCAACAAUCUGGAGACCCAACUUGUCAUUGUUGCCUCCCUAAACCAAAUAUAACAGACUUGGUAUGUGUAGAAGAGGCGCAUUCAGAGUAUAGUAUCCGUGGUCAUCUGUUGUAGCGCUUGAAUAUUAUUGAAGUCCACACUGAAUGGGUAAAACUUUUCGAAUCAAUGUAGAUGAAGCUGAAAAUGCAGUAGUGUGGGUAGAACAUGGGACAGUGAAGAAUUUUUGGAAAAGCUGAUGUGUCCUUGUCUUGUGAUCCCCCACUAAAUUUAAGAUGGCAGAACCUGUUACAAUACCGUUUUUCUGUCCUAGCUUUUAGUUUUUAUGUCCUAUUUGACUACUUUGUAUAAUACACAAGCAACUCGGUGCCGUGUAAUACGAGUGUUUUAUGUUUUUAAUCGUCUCAGUCCAGUGGAUGUCGGUGUUUGCGGCAGAGUUAUCGGGCUUUUCAACAAAAGCAAGGACUGAAUUGAUGUAAGACUGUCAACAUGCCAUUUUUCCAUUGCUUAACCAUUUAAUUAUGGACUGGAACGUUUGGGGAUUUGGACUGAAAAUACCAAUGUGGCCAAACAUUAGCCUUACCUAUCUCCACUAUUUAAGUUUUUCUUACUUUUUAUAAUAGAUGUGUUAUUUUAAGCACUAAAUGCAGAUGAUGUAGUCUCUUUUUUUUUUUUUUUUUUUUUUUUUUUGUAUUAAACAUUGACAUUUUAACCGUCUUC